GCAAGAGUUAGCUGAUCACCACUGUGUUAACAAAAUGGCAUCUAUGAACAAGAGCAUGGAUGUGAAAAAAACCAGAGUGAGCAGAAAGCAGCUCCUGGAAGAGCUAAAUGAAAAGCGUGAGUCCUACUGUCUGGUGGAGAGAAGCAACCAAGUGAGCUUCCUUCGAGUCCAGAAGCGGCACUUCAGCCAGGCCUACCAGUCCUUAGCUUGCACGCAUGUCAAAGAGUCUGUUCCUGAAAGUAGCAGGACCUCCUGGGUCAAACAGGAUCUCUUGGUUCACAAGGAGAGAAGGCAUUUUCCACCAAAAAAUAAUGCCAUAUUUGGAUAAAGUACAAGUCCAGAGACACACAAAUAAAUUCUCUUCCAUCA